CCUAUCUUCCCCAGAUUCUCCUCCACAUCGUGCCCCGACAUCUUGACCAACCCGAGCCGGAGAGUUUGCAAGCAACAGAGAAGAUGGAAGCAGCGCUAAACCCUCCGACUAUACCCGAUACGGAAGCGAAAGAGCGCUUGUUCCAGUGCAGCACGUGCAAGCGCUCAUUCACACGUGUCGACCACCUGAUGCGACAUGUCCGGUCGCAUACCAAGCAAAGACCUUAUGUGUGCCCCACUUGUUCCAAGUGCUUUGCGAGGGUCGAUCUACUCAAAAGACAUGUAGCCAAUCAUGCUUCGGAUAGUGGGAAGAAGCGCUCGCGGACUGAUAUCUCCCGCAUGAGCCGCGUUGGUCAAGCUUGUGAGGAGUGUUCAAAAAGCCACCUGAAGUGCGAGGACGAGAAGCCGUGCCGUAGAUGUCGACAGAAGAACCUCACAUGCCGCUUGUCAACGGCGGCACAGGAAGAGCUCGAUGCUGCUGCACAGGAACUGGGCGCCGCGCAAGACUUGUUGGAUCUUUCUAAUAACCUCGACUCACGCUCACUCCAUCAUCAUGCUGCGCAACAAUCGCAUCAUCACUCCGAGUCGACAGUGGAUGAAGCGAUCAUGGUUGUCCAACAAGAAGUCCCACAGGCCUGGGAUAACAUUCAGGGCAUGGAACCGAGGUAUACGGAUGUGGUAUCGGGCGCGACCCAAGAACCAGAAGCACUCCCUAUGUACAUGCAAAACCCCGCCAUAUCGUACAGUGAGGGAUCUCCCGGCGAUGCCUUUAUCCCAGACUUUCUUCGCUACAUGCCAUCUGUGGAAACCUCCCUUCCAGGCUACGCUACACCACGAGGGCUUGCGGAGUAUAACUUCAACUGGGAUAUAGAUUUCAGUAGUGUUGAUCUUGCCCUUUACGAUCCAACAACAGUGGCAGCAGCAACAACAACAACAACAACUGAUCAACAUCCCCAGAGUGGAUCAGCGGAUUCUGCAGCCGCAGAUAGGGCGAAAGCAUUUGAUCGAAGCUUAUGGCGAUAUAUGCCAAGGAGCAAGACUAACCCGGUGAUGGCCGGGGAGUCGAAUCUAGCUUUUGCUGACAGAGAGAGUGAAGGCCAAUCGCCAGCACUCAUUCCCCCUCGAAAUGUCACAAGCGAGCGACUAUCCUAUACUGCCCGGGAUAGGUUUCUUGCUCUGGUGAUUGAGAGCUCUAGCAAAGAAAAUUCUAAACGCAUCGCCGCUGGGUUCCCGUCGCUUGAAUUACUUGACGGCAUGAUUCAGAUAUUCUUCACUUCGCCCUCCGUCAACGCCGGGUCUUGCUUCCACCUUCCAACAUUCUCACCCGCCAAGAUAAAGCCAUUGUUGCUCGUCUGUGUUGUCGCUGCGGGCGCUUUCUCAGCCCCAGAUGAUAUAUUGCGGAAGCUAGGCCAAGCUUUACACGAAGUAGCACGUGUCUCUAUGUCUAAAUCUAUCGAGGAAGAUAACAGCAACAUCCGCGAUAUUCAAUACUUGCAGCUCCUGCUAUGUGAAAUCGGCAUGUGGAGCGGAGUAAGUCGCAAGAUGGAGAUCUCGGAAAGCUUCCUGCAGCCCCCGGUCACGAUGCUUCGCCGCGGAGGCUGGUUCAGCCGUUCCGUAUGGAAGAAAAUAUACCCGAGCCCAGACGACGAAGGCCUGACGUUACGGAAGAAGUGGAAGGAGUGGGUUCUCCAAGAGUCCUGGCUCCGACUUGUAUACAGAUAUUUCGAGUUUGAUCGACAGUCUUCAAUGGCCCUCCUCAAACCACCGCUGAUAUCCUACGCCGAGAUGAAUCUGCCUUUGCCUCACUCGGAUGCAUUAUGGCAAGCACCAUCUGCUUCGGCGUGGAAAACCACUUAUUUGACGACCUUGGGGGCAACAGCAAGGAGACCAACCCUAUUCGAUUGUUUGGAGGAUCUAGAAUAUCUCAGCCUGUUUCCCACAGCCAGUUCGGCCCACUUAUACAUGAUAUGGGGCAUGAUAUGGGAGUAUAGACAGCUCUGUGCUCUGAGUUCCAAGAAGCGAAUUACGAACGACUUACUUCUCAACUCACGCCAGGCAGAGCUGACAAAGAUGUGCGAGGAAUUCCGUCUCAACCACGUGUCCAGCUCUGUUCAAGAGCUUCUCACAGUAGAGAUCAUGCUCAUGCAUUUAAAUGCACCCGUAGAAGAAGUGCAGACAUUUGCUGGCAUUGCGGGCCUGGACGAAGCGCGACAUGCGUAUACUUCAAUCCGCAACUGGACUUCGACGGAAGCAGCAAGGCAGGCAGUUUGGCAUGCAUCACAGGUCGUCAAGAUCUCCGAGACAGCAUCGCAAGGAGUCUUGCAAGACUUCUACGCCAUGGCAGUGUACCAUGCUGCACUUGUACUAUGGGCCUACGGCUUGCUGAAGCGCAUAGCUGACGAUGCGAGCAACGAGCCCAACCCUGAGCCACAGGUUUUCAUUCUCGGGGCCACCGAAGAAAGAGAUGUAAAGAAAUUUGUCAAGUUCAAUCGGGGAGAGCCUGCUAUUCGAGACAAUAGCACACAGACAGUCAUACACCUUCGCGAUGCUGCCCAGGUUCUCGGUACGGUGUCGCAAUUACUGCUGCACAAUCAUGGAUCUGUGAGCGGGUCUUGCCCGCCACUCGUGGAAGGGCUGGUGCAAUUGAUGGAAGUUCUUCGUUCUGCGUCGAAGUGA